AUGUCACUGGAGCCGCCCACCUACCUCAGCUCUCUCCAGAACAACAUCCGGGCUCGCCCAAUCCCGUGGGAGGGCGCCGUGCGGGCGGGUAACAUCACCGAUGACCACCUGAAGAAGAUCAAAGCCGUCGACAAGGUGCGCCCGGAGCAGCGGCGCCAGACAAUUGGGGAGGACCUUCCCGGUUAUACCAGCCUGCUUGCUGGCGGCGCGGGGGGCAAGAGUAUCCUGGAGUUGGCCGCUCGACGCACCGAUAUUGUGCAGUAUAUCCUGGUACUGGCAUCGGACCUGAUCCAGGAUGUCCCCUCUCUCGCCGAUGCUCUGAUCGCACACCCAGAACCCUACAAGCCCUUCCUGCCGUUCCUGCAACACUCGACCAACACCGAGGACCCGAUCCCGCUGCUCACGUCGACUUUCCUCACAGCUCUGGUGUCGCACAGCCUCGUCGCCUCGUCCAAACCCGCCGCCAGAGAUGAAGAAGCUCUGUCACAGCUGUACACCUAUCUCUCCACCUUGACCAAGAACCAAGAUAGUGGCCUGCAGGACAUUGGCGUCCAGGGGUUUUCAGAGCUGUUGCGGAAGACACGAUCUCGGGAGAUCUUUUGGGCCCAGCGCCAGCAGACCCUAGAACCUUUGAUCGACACGCUCCGUGCGGCAGCAGGGGCCAAAGAUAAUGGGAGUACUUUGGGUAGCGGCACUCGCAGUGUCGAGCCCGGGCUGUCCGGUGGUGUCGGUCUGCAGCUGCUCUACCGUGUUCUCCUGGUGAUUUGGCAGCUUACGUUUGAGGGUGCGCUGGUGGGGGAUGAGUUGCAGGAGAACUACGAGAUCGUCCAACUAUACACCCACCUGCUGCGACUCUCGCCCAAGGAGAAGACAACUCGUCUCCUCAUCGCGACGCUAUACAAUCUGUGCUCCAGCAACCGGACUACAAUACUGCCCAUCGCCGUCUUUGUUCGCUUGCCGGCUCUGCUGAGCAAUCUUUCUGGCCGCCACCUGACCGACCCCGAUCUCCUCGAGGACCUGAGUGCGCUGUCGACGAUGUUGGACGAAUACACCAAGACGCAAACUACCUUUGACGAGUACGCCGCGGAAGUUCAGUCGGGCCACCUGCGCUGGUCGCCUCCCCACAAGAACCCGACGUUUUGGAAGGACAACGCCCGCCGAAUCCUGGACGAAUCGAACGGCGCGCUGCCCAAGAAACUCGCGGAGAUUCUGGGCAAGGACUGGGACAAUGACAAGCAGGUGUUGGCGAUUGGGUGCAAUGAUGUGGGACACCUGGUCAAGGAGCUGCCGGAGCGGCGCAUGCAGUUGGAGCGCCUGGGCCUGAAGACGCGGGUGAUGGAGCUGAUGGCGGACAAGGACGAGUCGGUGCGCUGGGAGAGUCUGCGGGCCGUGGGCGAGUGGCUGCGGUAUACAUUCGACGGGUGA